AAAUUAUAUCACUCUCUAAGUAGAUAAUACGUACAAAUAAUUUUCUAUAUCUAUAAAAUAAAUAAAUUAUCCCCAAAUUAUAUUAUAUUUUGACAUAAAAUUGCCCCAAAAUUAAUGCAACAACAAUCGCCGCCGCCGCCAUCAUCAUCAUCCAUGACUCCUUUCAAAAAACGUCUUCUUCAUAGAGUUGAAGACCCCAAAUUUGAGGAAAAGGAAGGCGAGCAGUAUGUAGUAGAAAAACAAGAGAGACCGAAUAUUGAGUAUAAAAAUUCCUCUUAUGAGGAAGAAGGGGAGUAUCAACGAGGAGUUGACCAAGUUCGAGGAGAGAGAUCUGGUGGAGAACACAUGACCGAACGAGAUGGGAAAGGUGAAGAGGAAGAUCCAAGUGAGGAUAAUUUUUAUGAUGAACAUGGUUUUGAUCCAGAUGGUUACAAGAAAGAACGACAUGAUGUAGUUAGAGAAAGGCAAAAAAAGAAAGAAUUAGAGGUAUUUGUUGGGGGUCUGGAUCGUGAAACUACUGAAGUAGAUCUUAGGGAGGUGUUUAAUCAAGUGGGUGACAUUACUGAAGUGAGGCUGUUAAUGAAUCCGAUGACCAACAAAAACAAAGGGUUUGCUUUUAUACGGUUUGCUACUGUUGAACAGGCAAGACGUGCUCUUAAUGAUUUCAAACGUCCAACGAUUAAUGGAAAGCAAUGUGGAGUGGCUCCAAGUCAAGAUAGUGACACUUUGUUUGUUGGUAACAUAUGCAAAACAUGGUCAAAAGAUAUGCUGAAAGAAAAGCUAGUGCGUUAUGGCAUAGAUAAGUUUGAGGAGUUGACAUUGGUUGAAGAUACCAAAAAUGAAGGUAUGAACCGGGGCUUUGCUUUCUUGGAUUUUCCCUCUAGAGCAGAUGCUUUGGAAGCUUGUCGACGGCUGCAAAAAAGGGAUGUCAUAUUUGGAACAGAUCGGACGGCCAGAGUAGCUUUUGCUGACACCUUUAUCGAACCUGAUGACGAAAUCAUGGCACAGGUGAGGACUGUAUUUGUUGAUGGUUUACCGCCUUCUUGGGAGGAGGAUAUUAUAAAGGAUCAUCUACGACAGUUUGGGAAAAUUGAGAAGGUUGAACUAGCUCGAAAUAUGCCUGCUGCUAAAAGGGAUGAUUUUGGUUUUAUAACAUUCAGCACACAUGAAUCUGCAGUAUCUUGUGUUGAUGGUAUUAAUGAUUCAGAGCUUGUUUUCAGAAACAAGAAGGUGAAAGUUCGAGCAAGGCUUUCUCGACCUCGCCAGAGAGGUAAAUCUGCUAAAUAUGCACGAGGAGGUUAUACAGUUGGCGCGGAUAGUUAUGGAGGUUACAGUAGCUCUUGGGAGCCUAGUGGGAAUCGGUUGGAUAGUCAUAGGUUCGGAGACAGGGGUAGAAGAAGCAUUCGAGAUCGUAGUCCAUAUGAUGGGGGUCGUAGAAGGUCAUUCAGCUCUAGAGAUGACCGAGGAUACGAUGUCUCUGUUUCUGAUAGAAUUGGUAGCAAAAGACCAUAUACUUCUACUGACAGAUCCUUAAGACGAAGAUCUCCAGUUUAUGAAAGGAGCAGCUUUAAAACAGAAUACACGAGGCAUAAUGCAGGCAUAUCUUCAACUGAGAGACCAAUCUAUAGAGAUUCUUACUCUUCACGUGGAGCUGGGUACAUGGAAGAGUCUUCCAGGACUGCUACUCGGGUUCCUAAUAGGGGAAGUUCCCAACUUUAUGAUGAUGACGAUGACAGAUACAUGUAUAUAGAACAUCCAUCAAGAUACAAUGAUGGCAGUAGCCGGAACUUUAGUUCUACAUCUGGCUUAAAGCGACCUUACUCAUCAAUUGAGGAACACCAUCCUCGCUAUAGCGAAACAUCUAGGAGGCAGUCAAGGCCAGAUUUUGACUAUGCUAACAGUUCAGAGUUGGUGUAUAAUGAUAGGGCAUACGGAAGUGAAUCUACAAGGGUAGCACAUGGGUCACGUUCUGGGUAUAAUGGAAGUAAUCAGGGUUCCACAGCUCAUUCCCAUGGACUAUAUGAUAAGAAUACCUCCAAUGUAGGCUAUAGAAGAGCAGGAAUUGACAAUGAGGAACCAGAAGAGAUGUACUCCAGAUAUGGCAGAGAACGUGAUUCGCGAGACUACAUCCCUUCACGAUCAGAUAUGCGUGCAGAUUCAUACUCUCCUCCCUACUCAAAUCACCGUGUGACUGAUGGCUAUGUGGGUGGCAGGGGUUCCGACUCAUACUACUGAGGUGAGUUUUACCACACAGGUAAAUAAAUAACAAAGAGAAAACAGGUUUUAUGACUUGCAGCUUCACGCCUAGUGUUUGUGUGUGAUUUAGAGGCUUAAAUUGGUAGUUUUGGCUCACUAAAUUCAUAAGCUGUAUUGGGUACGUAUUGAGAUGGGAAGGAGGUCACGGGGUGUAAUGGUUAUAAGAGGAUUUUGUCAGUUACUUCAGUAAGACUCAUUAUGUAUGAAUAUGUAGUGAAGUGUUGGAAAUGUGUACCAUUGUAUUAUUGAGAUUUCUAAUAUGAACCAUGGAUAACAGUUAAAAAGACUUCAUGAAUGUUUUUCUUUGAGAUUGCAAUACUUGACAUACAGAAUUUAUGCUUCACUAGAAGGUUAUCUUGGCUACCCCUUGGAGGAUAUAUAUCAUAAAAACAUUUGGAGGGUACACAUUGGUUUGAACAAUUUCAAGUUAUAUAUUCUAGAUUUUGAGAUUCUUUUCAACAUGUUCAAGUGGAGGGUAACUGAUUCAACAGGUAAGAUUUAGAUAUGGAGCAUCCCGUGAUUAGCACUGUUUUAUCAUCUGGUCAUUGAUUCUGAAUCCUUUUUAUGAGAGUUGUGGAUAUUCUUUAUUUGCAAAAAACCCCCCCUCAUAUAUCAGCAGGAUACAAUAGUACAAAGUGGUGUUGGACUGCUACUUUAGUUGUAUAGAAUGGGUGCCCCAAAUAAUACAAUGGUUGCCCCAGUUAAUCUUGAGAAGCAGGUAAGUAUAAUUUAAAACGCUCGAUAUCCUCAAACCAUUUUAUCAUCUUGAGGUGCCAGUUGAGUUAAAUUGUCGAAAGUAAGAGAUUGUUAUUCGUAUCCUAAUGGAUUUAACAUGUCUAAUCAUGCAACCGGGUUAAUCUUUUUCUGCCAACUUUUCAAGAAGGAUAGGGUGGUUACGUAUUAAUAAUCUGAUAAUUAAGAUUCACAUGAAAUUAGAUGGUGUCAGGCGUCCAUAAGCUAGAUGUCGGUGCCCUUAAAUCUAUGACUAGAAUCAAGUUAAUGGGCGAUAUGCAUGCUUGAUCAUCCUUGAUUAGAUUCUAUGAUUCUAGCUGUGAAUACAUUUUUUGAUUUCUGAGUCCCUAUUAUAGAUUUUGGUCGAUCAAAGUUUUUUAUUUUAUGGGUUCUGUUGUCAAGAUAUGGGAAGAAAUGGAAUCCGAGUAUGGGUCUGGAUAACUCGUUUCUGGGCUGAAGCUUUUGAAAAAUGUUACUGUAGUGUAAACUUUUUGCUUCUGAAUUCUUCUUGGCUUUGAAUCAUAUCUAGGAGGGUUUUGGUUUAUUUUGGUUUCAUCGGCAUUCUUAGGUUUGAAUUGUUCCAUGCUGAGCGACCAUGUGUACAAAGACUUAUGCUUUUGGAUUCUGUGCUACCGAGUUCUAGGAGUGGUGGUAUUGUAUGACCACUUGACAAAAUGACUGCAUCGCCAGGAACCUUAAAGCUGACCACCUUCAUAGUGUUGUAGAUUUCCACUCCAAGUGUUCUAUGCUCUGUCAGAAUUUCUAUUGUUCUGUUCUCGAGCAUUAGUGCCUAUCUGCAUCAUGUUGUAAAGUUUAAGUCCACCUAUCAACGGACAGGUCAAAUUGGACACCAUGUUGGAUAACAAUCAAAUUUUGAGUUUAUCACCAUAUCAAGAGUUUAUGCCCCUCUCCCAACUGCUUGAGAUUGAGCUUGAAGUUAUACUUGGUGGCUUAUUACUUUUAGACCUCUAGUAGCUCUGUUUUUUUCUUUCCCAAAAGUUAAUCCAAACAUGAAUUUCUUUUUUCAAUAACCAAUAGAAGUCUUUUUCUUUAAA